GUUGACGCUCCGAUCACCCCAAUUUUCAAUCUCACCCCUUCAAAAAUCCCAAUUUUCAAUAUCAUCAUCAAUUAAUGGAAGUUGAUUAUAUAAAAACUUGCAUGAAAAAACUUACAAUAUGGUACACCCCAAAUUUCAAACCCAUCAUAACCCAUGAUGAACUUGAUCAUUACAUGUCCAUUCUUGGUUUCAUUCCACAACCACCAAUCACCGCUGCCACCGCCACCGUAACCGUGUGGAAAGAGUACUCAUUUACGGGUUUCGGCCCGUUUCUUUUGAAAUCCCAAUCUCAUCACCCCCUGCCUCGACCUCGCCUUCCAUAUCCAAGAAUUGAUGGUUUACAUGUUGAUACUUACAGUUCUUUUUUGGAUGCCAUUAACUUUUACCUCAAAAUGGACAAUGUAUCUGAUCUUUUUCAUAUUAGGGGAAUGGCAUUGCACAAUAUUCAUGAUAGGAGAUACAAGUGGUCACGCAUGGAUAAAGACAACGACAAGUAUGUGUACAGAGUGGGAACUUUGGACUUGUCAGACACAUCCGACAAUACCUACAAGGAACAGAAUCCAGUUUCGCGUAUUGUUCCAUUCAAAAACAUCAUAGACAGGAAGUUGUAG